AUGCGCUUCAUAACUCUUGUCUUUGCUGCCCUCGCCGCCGGCCCUCUGGCUGCCUUUGCCGCUCCUGCUCCAGCAGAAGACGCUGCACAGAGCUGCCCAGAUGGCGCCAAGAUUCACUGCGGAAGCUGCAACGGCACCAGCUGCCGAAUCGGAUUUGAAAACUAUGGUCCGCAUAUAGCUCCUGCAAUGAGGGCAGUUGCACUAAGCAGAGUGGAGGUGGCGAUGGCGCCUCCUGCUGGGACGACAACCUCGGUGGUCCUAGACACAUUGUUUGCCCCGGAAAAGCUUAAGCUAGAUCUGAUUUAUGAUCUGAGCCAGAGGAGCCCCCCAGAGUUUCUAGGAGAUUGGUCUCGUGGUGGUACGGAGGGAACUGAGUGA